AGCAGCUAGGCGUCUACUGGAUCUACACUGUUCAUUAUCUAAAGCUGAGUGACGUUUCUGGAAGCUGACGGAAGUCGCAUGGAGGGCUUCGUUGGUCGCAUUACUGCUGGGCAAGCGUAAAGAACUGCAACUGAUCCUUGUGUUACCAUGACGGGCAAGAAAUCGAACAGAUCAGCGGGAUCUUCCCGCAAGGGCGACGGAGCCCCGUCUGACGGCAACGAAACGAAAGCUCUACUGGACGUGGAUUUGUUCGAAACAAACACGAGCUACCGAGCAAGUCGUUACGAUACGUUUGAAUUUUCGUCAAAGGUGACUUGCUUCGCUUUCUCGAAAGAUGCACCCCUGCUUGCAGUCGGGGUCGAGAUUGGAGGUGUCUACCUUUUUGACCUCACGCAGCCAGAAGCCUCUGUGGCUGCACCAUCUGAGCUAAUCGGCAUAGUCAGAUCGAUGCAUUUCGGACCACAGAACGGAUUCGGAGAGCAAAUUCUCUAUGGCGCAUUUGAUGAUGGACAUUUACGUCGAUGGCUCAUUCGCAACAUGACGGAGAUGAUCCAGAUUGACUGCCUGUAUUUCGGGCAAGAAGUACAAACUCUACUCGUAAGCGGAGGAGGUCGCUCUGUCAUGGCCGUCGGCAAACAAAGCCGCCUGGCGGUGUGGAGCGCCCUGUAUGACAAUUGCUUCUCCUACCUGACCGUCCCAUGGCUUUCAGACGUUCAAGCCCCCGUUGAGGAUGCUAUCCUCCUCCCAGACAUACUGCUGCACCCAAGGGCCCCCCCAAACGCUGACGUGUUCCAUGUUGCAGCAGUUUCACCAACGGAAGGAAUUCUAAUUUUUAAUGUGAUCGUUGUCGAACCACAGUACACUCAUCACUUCGACGUAUCUGUCCAUUCAGUCCGAGCUCUUCCCGGAGCUUUUCAUGCACUGGCCGCAACUCCACAACACAUAAAUGAUCAGCAAGUUAUUAUCCUCGCUGCAGCAUCUGCAGACACAAAGAGCCAAAUUGCCCUAAUAAGCCUUCAGCCGGAUGCAGAGAAUUACCCUGGAUGCCAAAUACAUGCCACACUGAUGGAACUGGGUGUGAAACCUGAGGACGCGAUCACGUCCGUUCACUGGAUUAAUCCCCCAGAAGAAGCGCGACUCAGCACAACCGCCGAAGACAAUACUCACGAUCCUUCUCCAGUUCCACCACCGUCGCUGCUGUCCUGCAUUGAUGGAGCCACUCAAGAGGCCCCCUACAAAAGGAUGGUCCUAUGCGUGGGCACGGACAAAGGCAGCAUCCUGUUUCUCGAAUGUAUACACGUUCCAGACAAGACAGACAGUAUACAGCAAAGACUGCGAGUUCGUCUCGUGUACGACCUGGACGGCAACCGAGGUCCCCUCUGGAUUCAGGAAGUCCCUUCAGAGGUUGUGAUGGGGCGGCCUAUCUUUGCCAGCUGUUGCAAUGAUACUAUGUGUCACCUUUGGGAACUGCAAGAAGUAGCAGUACCGACCACCACUGAUAUUGCGGCCGCCCAUGCCUCGCAGCGCUGCGCGUACUUGGAAAUGCUGCGGCACCGCUGUAUGCCAGACGGUAAUUGGUCAGGUUACGACUUCCCGUUUUCGUCCCUAUCGGAUCCUAAUUGGCCAGUAGAACCCCGGAUUGGUGCGCCUGACUACGAGCACCCGCCUUACCCUACGUUACAGACUCGAAAUGCCAGUGAAGGCCCGCCACCUUUCCGUCACAACAGGUAUGAGGGGAAAACUGACUGCAUGCACCGUAGUCUCAAACAAACUGCGGGCGACCGCCAAAGACAACAGGUCAUAAAGACUGGCGUCGAUGCAGUUGUAGACGAGGUGUUGGACCGCGUAUGCAAGGAUAUGUCCAUAUGGGAGAAGCAGAACAGAGAAGUCAAGCCGCUAAGCCACUGCCACCGGCAGCUCACCAGUAGCAGCUCUUGCCAGAGGGAGAAACCCUUAUGCUUAUCGAGCCGCGCUCGUGGUGUCUCCAGCGUCAUGACCAGCGGGCUGAUGUCUCAGCGCGGAACGACAAAGAGCACUUGUGAUGAACGGACACAAGUGAGUCUGUGGCAGCCGGUGGGCAUGUUCCGAAAGCAUCAGCUGAGAGUUAUUGAAGAGAAGGCCGGCAGCCGUGGAGAUGCAAACCCCGGUCCUCCACAGAGGAGCCUGUUGUGGAGAGUAGCGAGCACCCCAAAAGGACUCUGGAAUAAAGUCGCAGAUUGGUUGAGGUGCGAGACCACUGUUGUGAGCGGAGAACAGAAGGCAGACCAUGAUACAACGUUGCCUAGUGGCUUGCAGAAGGAGCGGAGGUCUCAACGUGAAGGCGCGACCUACGCCGUUGCAACGGAUGCAGGAGCGUCAGACAUCGACCAGCAGAAAGCUGCAUCCAAAGAAGCCAGACGGAAGAUGGAUACGCAUGACGGCGAUGGAAUCAGAGCGCAGCAACCAUCACAGGCGGCCAUCGUACGUGACUCAGUGCCAUCCUCACAGAGCACCCUUGCUCGGCAUCUCCGUGGAGCCGACAGGCACGCUGUUACAGGAAAGGAACGUGCAAAAGUCACAGCUGCUCCAGCUCAGACGACGACUACUUCGACGAUGGCAACCACUGUGCCAGUAAAGGCCGAGACACAUCCGCCAGAAGUGUGGUGGCGGCUGCCGAGAGAGGCGGCAGAGGACCGUUUAGUGCGGCCCGAAAAGGCAGGUCUGUCGGUGAGGGAUGCGGCUGCUUCUUCCGAAACCGAACCAUGGGAAAAGUCUGAAGAGACCGAACAGACAGAAGAGACAGGUGUGUCGCCAUCAAAAGAAAGCGGCCUCAUGCCGAAGUAUGAGCUGCCUGAAGAAGUUCCAGCAUCAACGGAGGGCGUCGAGCCACCAGGUGGUUCUCCUUACAGUGAAAGACACCGUCCCCGGAUUGCUGUUGCUCUUGGUCUUCGCCGAUAUACCACAGGGCCAAAGUACCAGUUUGGUACAGAUGCGCCGCUGCUGCCACGACUGCCAGGAGUCUCCGAGGAAGAAGUCGAUCACGAAGACGUUGCGUGGAGAGAUUCGAAGUCUGAGGAGUCCAACAAUCCCAAGGUGAAAAUGCCAACGUUGUCCGACGAACGAGGGCACAAUACUCAUGGUAAUCCAGAACCUAGAAGGCUUCUACAACAGAUGCCAGGUGGAAGUACAGAAGCGAUGCCACCCAACGCAACUGGACAGCAAUCUCACGGCGCCAACGUUCGAAGCAGGCAGUUCCCGUUCGGCGAUGAACACGUGGAAGAUCAUCGUAGCAACUCACAAGCUUUUGCAGACGGUUCAACUGAGCCCUUAGAAGCCUGCGGUCGCGCGGUACCGCAACAAGGUGAUCAGGAAGGAUAUCAGAGUUGGAAAAACGUGAAUGCCGAAGGAUCAAUAGUUGUUCCGGAAAGGGGACAACAACCAGCAAGUGAAGGCAAGCAAUGUCGUCCUCUCCCUCCUGGUUCUACCAGAGAAGGCGGGCGCCUUGAAGACGAGCAGAGUACCGGUAGCCAUAUACGAGCCGGUCCGUGGCGCUUUUUUAUCGCUGAGGAGGACUAGAGAGGAUAAGACUGCAGGACCGUUGGCCUUGAGUUAGUCCUCCUCCCCAGCAUUGCCUUUGUUGUGCUACUGAGUGGAUCGGGCGGAAGAGACAGGCUCCUUUUUGGACAGUAGAGCGUCACUGCCAGUCCCGGUGUAAUUCCGCGAACAGGCUGCACAGCAAGGUAACGCAGAUUCCGUCCCAAUUGUUUAUUGCUGGUCGUCUGCAACAAAAGGUUGGCGUGCAGUCCGCCGAAGAAGGAAGUCUAUCUUAUGGUAAAGGAGACGUCACAAUAGAUUGUGGCCUGGUAUUGUCAGGAGAUUUUCCGUCACCGAUCCCCCAAUGCCACCGAUUUCCUAUUUCCUUAUCCG